AUGCGGACGACUUGCAUGAGCAAUGUCCGCCUGGUCUUCCUGCUGCCGAACACCACGGCCUUCACCCAGCCCCUUGACCAGGGGAUCAUUGCCACUGCCAAGGCUCGCUACCGCCAGCACUGGUUGCGGGCCUUCACGACUCUAUGGAACGCGGACGGAGCCACAAGCGUUACCGCGCAGUUCCGCCCGAACCUGCGCGACGUGCUGGCAUGGCUGUCGAACGCGUGGACGAGCAUGACCUACGUGCACGACAACGAGCCCACCCCGUCCGCCUAUCCCGACAUCGAGCUUGAUGACGAGAUAGGCGACGUCGGCACUCUUAUCAGUGAGCUCGGGCUCGGGCAUGGUGCGAUGACCACGGCUGAGUACAUCGCCAUCGACGACGGUGAGCCGACGUGCGCCGAGCAUGCGGCGGAUCAGAUGACGACGGAGCCAGACGCGGGCAUGGUGGUGGAACAGUGGGAGGCGCCGACCACCAUGCAGGCCGUAUACGAAGAUGCCGGCCCUGUGAGGAUCUAG